AUGGCUACCAACGGCCCGGCCCAGCAGGCUUUUGCGCCUGUUCUGGCUGCACUCGAGACGAUGCAGGGGAACGUUGACCGCGCGCAGAAGGGUCGGGCACACGAGUUCUUGGAGACCUUUCAGAAGUCGACAGAGGCUUGGACGACGACCUUUGCGAUACUGCAAGCUCGGGAUGCAUCUGCCCAGGCGAAGCUGUUUGCUGCAACAACCCUCAAGGGCAAAAUCGUCUACGACCUCCACCAGCUCCCGCGAGAGUCCCUCCCCUCCCUUCGGGACACGCUUCUUGGUCUUCUUUCCUCCUACCGUGCGGGACCCAAGCCCAUCAGGAUACAGCUGUGCGUGUGCCUGGCGAACUUGGCCAUACAGAUGACAGAGUGGAAAGAUGUUCUGCCUCUCGUAGUAUCUACUCUAGGCAGCGACCCGGAGAGCCUGCCCUGUGCGCUCGACUUCCUGCGUGUCCUCCCGGAAGAAGUUACAGAAGGACGCAAGAUCAACUUGACAGAAGAGGAGCUGAGUGAAAGGACGAGGGAGCUAUUAGAGGACAAUGCUCAGCAAGUUCUCCACCUUCUGACGCAGUAUGCUCAGUCUUCGCCUUCGGCCGCCCAAAAUCCACAGCUUAUAGAAUGCAUCACCUCAUGGACACGAGAAGUUCCCGUCAACGAUAUUGUGAACUCCCCCCUGUUGAACAUCGUUAUCGACGCCCUGUCGGUUACUGAACCAUUCGAGGCAGCAAUAGAGUGUAUGUCCGCUCUCUUCAAGGAAACCAGGGACGUCGACGAGUGUCUGAACAUCAUACAAACGCUAUACCCGCGCGUCAUCGCGCUAAGGCCCAUGCUCCAAGAGGCCGCGGAAACAGAAGACACCGAGACAUUCAAAGGUCUAUCAAGACUGUUCGCCGAGGCAGGUGAAUCUUGGGUCGUACUGAUCGCGCGAAUGCCCGAGGAGUUUCGGGCCUUGGUGGAAGCUAUCCUUGAGAGUGCUGUCCGGGAUCAAGAGCGAGACGUGAUAUCUCUAACGUUCAAUUUCUGGUAUGAGCUGAAGCAAUACUUGACACUGGAAAAAUACAUACAAGCCAGAUUGCAGUAUGUGGAUAUCUACUCGAAGCUGGUCGAUAUCAUGAUUGGCCAUCUGGAAUACCCUAAACCGGAGAGCGGAAAUGAGAGGGAUCUUUUCGAGGGCGACAGGGAGCAAGAAGAGAAAUUCCGGGAGUUUCGACACCAGAUGGGCGACGUUCUGAAAGACUGCUGUGAGGUCAUCGGGGUGACUGAAUGCUUGCAGAAGUCUUACGCGCUCAUUGAGAACUGGGUCAGCACUUACGGACCUCAAGCAUCGGCCGGUCACGUGCCUGAAUGGCAGAAGCUUGAAGCGCCGCUCUUCAGCAUGCGUGCAAUGGGCCGGAUGGUCCCAUCGGAUGAGAACAUCAUGCUUCCGCGUUUGAUGCCGCUCAUAGUCCAGAUACCCGAUCAUCAGAAGGUGCGCUUCCAGGCGGUCAUGGCACUUGGCCGGUAUACCGAGUGGACUUCGAAGCACCCGGAUACUCUCCAGCCGCAGCUCAACUACAUCAUGGCGGCCUUCGACCACACCUCCAAAGAAGUCAUCCGAGCUGCCGCGCUCUCGUUUAAGUUCUUCUGCAACGACUGCGCAGAUCUUCUGAAAGAUUACAUCCCUCAGCUCCAGCACUUCUACGAGUCUGUGCUAGAUAAGCUACCACCGAGCAGUCAAGACGAGGUUACUGACGGUGUCGCAUCGGUAAUAGCAAAACUUCCACCAGACCAGAUCUACCCUACCAUGAAGCUGUACUGCGACCCAGUUAUCAAGUCCCUGAUGACGAUGGCACAACACGCCGUGGACGAGAAGUCAAGGUUGGCUCUCGCUGACAAACUCCAACUCAUCACAAUCUUCAUGCAAUGGAUACAACCGUAUGUCGAGCCGACUCAACCUAACCCCGCGGUCAAGUAUUGCGAAGAAAUAUUUCCGGUGCUGGCCAUCAUCGCGGAGAACAACCUCAACUUCACCCCAAUCCUCGAGCGCGUCUGCCGGUGCUGGCGCUACAUGGUACUUUCCUACCGUACGUCCAUGGCACCGCUGCUGCCCCAGCUUGCGGAGAAGCUCGCGGCUGGCUUUGCGGCGACGAGGCAAGGAUGCUUCCUAUGGGCUUCAGAUGCUAUUGUGCGCGAGUUUUCUGACGGGGCAGAGCAUGUGGAUCCAGCUACUACUGACGCAAUCUUCCACUUCUUUGAGACACAGGCGAAGACAUUCCUCAAAGCCCUCAACGACUUACCUCCGGAGGAACUACCAGACGUCAUCGAAGACUUCUACCGCCUCUGCCUAGACUCGCUCCUCUAUUAUCCGUACAGAGCCAUAUCGUCACCCCUCAUGGGUCCGAUAAUGGAGGCCGCGUCAACAGCACUUACGCUUCUCAAAGAAGAGCCACUACUAGCGACGUUGCACUUCCUGCGCGAUUUCUUAGCCUACGGAUCUGAGGACUCCCCAUCCUCGAAUUUCGACCAACAGCGCUCGAGUAACCCGCUAGAAGUUCAGGCCGCAGUCAAGCAGCUAGUGACAGCGCAUGGCGAAGUCAUGGUCCAGCGGCUCAUGACCGGUAUGAUGUACAGCUUCCCGCGCGAUUGCUUUCCAGACGCGUCAGGCGUGCUGCUGGCGCUAUUCCAGUUGAUGCCGCAGCAGGUUGCAGCGUGGGUCCGGAAUACCGUGGCCCUGUUACCGCCAGGAUCGAUCACGCCGCAGGAGUCGGAGCGGUUGCUGAACAACAUCACUCAACGCAUACAAGCAGGCGACCUUCGCAAAAUCAGGACAUUGCUGCAGGACUUCACAAACUCGUACCGGCGCCGCAAUGUCGCUCCCCGAGAAGGGCUUGGUCGGCUUGAAGCCACGAGAUUCCGGUUUGCUGGAUGA